GAACGGGUAAAAGAAUUUCAAAGGACCUCCAAAACCCAACAUACACAAAAAGGAAAGUUUCUUCUUCCACAUUGUCACUGAUGGCUUCAACUUCAGCUGAAUCUGCUCCUCCACCACCCAUUUCAUCUCCUCAACCCCCUGCUCCUGCUUCUUCUUCCACUACCCGACCCUUGUCAUUCAGAUCUCAGUUACAUAUCUUUGCCCAGAGAGCCAAAGUUGGAGGUCCAGUGUAUCAAACUGUGAACGAGGGAACUCAACAUGACCCGAGGUUCCGGUCCACUGUGUCCAUGGGUGGGAAGAGCUACACUACCCAGUUCUCUUAUUCUCGUAGAAGAGUUGCUGAAGAAGAAGCUGCUAGGCUCGCCGUGGAGAGCCUCCCCGGAUACAUUACAGAUGAAGCACGCCCUCUUCUCGGUGAGAUUUUUUCAUUAUGUAAAUCUAUUGUGAAUGAGUAUGCCACAAAGCUGAGUCUAGCACUACCUACGUACAACACCCUUCAACAAGAAGGGGUGGUUCCUUCUUUUACAUCUUCUUUGGUUUUCAACGGUUCAACUUAUGUGGGUGAAGCAGCUAAAACCAAAAAGGAUGCUGAUCUGUUAGCAGCUUGUGCUUUUAUUCUUUCAAAUCUGGGAAACUCUGGCCCUGGAACGAUGCUCUUUCAUAUUAUUAAGGCUAAACAUAAUGCAAUCAAAAGAAAUGAUUUGCAACCUAUUUAUGCUAGUGGUGUGUCACCAUCACCCAUAGCAAAUCCUGGACAUACCUCCGAUAUGCCUGAUCAUAAAGAUAAGGAAGUUGCAGGUCCUGUUUCUCAUGGAAAAGUUGCUGAAGAAGAAGCUGCCAGGCUUGCUGUGGACAGCCUCACUAGAAACAUUACAGAUGAAGGACACUCUCUUCUUGGUGAGAUUUUUUCAUUAUGCAAAGCUAUUGUGAAUGAGUAUGCCGCAAAGCUGAAUCUACAAAUACCUACAUACAACACUGUUCAACAAGAAGGGCCACUUCCUAUUUUUAUAUGUUCUUUGGUUUUCGAUGGUUCAACUUAUGUGGGUGAAGCAGCUAAAACCAAAAAGGAUGCUGAGCAUUUAGCAGCUCGUGCCGUUAUUCUUUCAAAGCUGGGUAACUCUGGCUCUGAAACAAUAUUCUUUCAGAUGAUUAAGGAAAAAUAUAAUGCAAUCAAAAGAAAUGACUCACAACCUAUUUAUGUUACUGGUGUAUCACCGCCACCGAUAGAAAAUCCUGGUCUUUCCUCCGAUAAGGAAGUUGCACGUUCUGUUGUUGAAUCUAGUAGGCUGCUUUCCUCAUGUCAUGAACUUCAGGGGCCAGCUGUGUCACUUCAACCAGGAUCAACACUUCCUAUUAACUCUGGUUUAUGUUCAAAAAAGAGGCGAAUGAACGAGGAGAAGGCUAAUAAAAACCUCGUUUGGAAUCUCCGUUACCUGCUGGAUUUUUCAUAUGGUACAAGUCCAUCCUUGCUCAGCAGCACAGCAACAAUGUGGACAUGUGAUGGAAUUCUUUUACAUGGGGAAAAAUGUAAAAACUAGCUCGUGGAUGAAUAUCUCAUUCAAGUUCCUUGUUGUGAAUGUACUUAAAUCCUUGUUCAGGGGCUAUUGUUUUUCAUUAUCAACUUAUCCAGAACUGGGUUUUAAACUUUGAGAAUGUACAGAUUUACUCUCGAGGACCAGGAUCCUAGCUGGCACAAGUACGGUACUACUUUUUAUCUAUUAAAAUGGAUUUACCUAUCUUA